GGAAUUAUUAUGAAACUUACUAAAUAAUACAUGGCAUCUUUAAAAUUUUAAAACUAUACUGGUUUUGAUUUUGUUAUUUGACUUUUAAAAUUUUCAACAGAGGCCAUUUUGUUAAUAUUAAAGAAAAUCACACCUUUUUUUAGUUUUCUCCUAAGAAUGUGAGAAGUUUGAUAGCUGUAGCUUUACCAGUGCUAGAGGUAUUAUUUUUUUUUAAUAUACAAAAUGGCGGCUUGCCGGUAAACGAAUCAGUAAAUUUCUCAACCUAUGUUUAUACAACAUUUUUUGUUUGACAGACAACUGUGUAAGAGUGUGUUCAAUUUAUAGGCUGUUUAUUUAUACUAGCAUGCGUGAAUAUGAAAUUCUGCAAACAUGACAGUUCCAUCACUCGGGAACAUUUGUCCGGAGCUGGAUAUCUUCAAAAUAGAAUUAGCCCUCUCAUUCUUCAACAGGGAGACUAUUAUCACAGAAGAAAUUGUUGAAGAUGUUGAACUAUACUUGGAAAAAGAAAAUGUUAUUCUAGCUGCUGAAGUUAUUUUUCGUUUGCGAUGCUUAAAUCUGCAUCCAGGGGUGUUAAGUCAAGACAGAAAAACAGAAAAUAUCAACUCAACAAAUAACACUCCUAAUCUGAAGCCUCUCUUUUGGCUUAUGAGUGUUUUGCCUCCACAAGAUGCCUCAGAUUGUAAGAGCAUCAUGGAUCAAGACAAGUAUAGAUGGAAGGUGUCUUUGAGUGAUGUCGCUAUGGUCUUCCUCAACUGGGGAGGCACGCUGAACGAUUUUAAUUUGGAAGAAAAAUCAGUUACUUUAGUAGAGCAAAGGCUAAAACCACAUAGUUCAAGGGAGAGUUGUCAAGAAGAAGUGAACACCGUCGUGGAUCCUCAUACUAUUCAAACUUUGUUGGCCUGUCUAGAGGAGAGACUACCUGAGCCAUCUGCAAUGUCCGUGGAAGAUAGAAUACUGUUAGUGAGAUUGUUGGUUUAUGCAGCCCUGGAUAAGUCACAUGGAUGCAUUUACAACUUCAACCGAGUAAUUAGCAAAGUCUUGGACUCUUUCGCCUCCUGGGACCAAGAAAUGGCCACUGUCCUGGUUAGAGGCCUGAGGCUGCCUGACAUGGGAAGUGAAAACACAGUUUACGUGUGUUGCUGCUUGUUUAACAUGAACAGUGAUAGGCAAAACCUCACCGGACUGACUGCUUGUUUCCACAUGCUGCACCACAGGUACAAGCUACCUGCUGAGCUGUCCCUAUCUGCCACCGUGUCAUCCCUCGCCUCUGUCAGUGACAUCUUCCAGAGAUACAGUGUCGAAGAUGUCUACUACAUUGCUCAAUUGGUCAGCUCGGUCAUGGGGAGAUUGAGGACUGACAAGUCCGCUUGUUCUCAGGAAACCUUGGAAAGGCUCAGACGAUGGGCAAUAGACACCAGGGAUGAACUGCAGCUUCCUCAAUACAGGCAAUUCCUGGAAGCAAACAUUUUACAUGAACGUCUCUCUCGGCUCAAUAAUGAAUGUUCUAUUGUGUUGCGAUGCGUUCACAAUAAAAACUUCCAGGCACGUUUAGAAAACGCCAGUUGAUCAGAAGACAGUAUGAUUGUUAUAUAGAGCUCAAGAUAGUGUACAGACAGAUUACUACCGAAGUAAAACCAGUAGUAUUUGUGAUUAUGACUGUGAUUGUAAUAAAACAUUUCUUUAGUUUAAAAUAUUGUGUAUAAUAAUAUUAUUUUUAUACAAAUAAAUUUUUGUUCAAAAUAA